ACCGUGCGCUUUCGAUAGUGCCAUCGGUGCCACCACUAAUACACAACUAUAAAAGUCGUCGAAUAGCAAUAAUAAAUAGGAUUGUGAUAGAUUUGUGCAUUUAAUUCCGUUUGCUAGUUGCGUUCCAAUCGACCGUGGGUCCUAGUGAACUAACUGCAAUCGCACUUGCACCGGAAGCGGGAGCUGGGCGAAAAGGUGGAUAAUUUGGCGUGCGCAUUUCAUUUCGACACCUUUGUCAACGCUGAUUCUUAUUUGGUGGAACACCGACGACCAGCGCACGCAUACAAACGCAGAAAAGAAGUGUGUGGAAGGGGCAGAGACAAACAACCGUGCGAUAACAACAACAAUCGGCAGCGAUCCCGUCGAGAAAUGGAAAUGGCCAACAACAUGGUCGGCAACAACAGUGGCGACAGCAACAACACCACCUACGGCAGUUACAACAACAGUGCGGCGGACAGUGGUCACAGCUCGGCGAUGGGUGGAGGAAGCGGUGGUAGUGGCGAGGGGGCGCGUCUGCGGGAUGUUUGCAACAUUCUGAACGCAGGCGCCACCAGCUACCAAAUUCCAACAGGUGGCUGUGCCUAUGACCACAUCAUCGCCCUUAUGAGAGACCUCGAUCUGCAGGACGAUGGCAUCGUGCUGAACUCCAAGAUCAAGACCAUCGAGACGGACUACUGCAACAUAGUGCGCGACGAGUCGAUGCUGUGCGAAUCCAUGGAGUACCUAAAUGACAAGGCGCUAGGCGAUGGUGAUACGGCGUUAAAGUUCGCCCUGCUCUUCUCGUCGCGAAACUUCGACGCUCUGGCAAUGAAGGAAACAAAGGUGCGCAGCGCCAUGCUCAAAAUCCUGGAGACGAACUUUCUCAACGCGGAUACGUAUCGGCUGCACGACAAGAACCGUCUGUACAACUCAAUCACGCUUCUGGGCGAGUACUACCACAGGGUACGGCUGGCGGAUAAUGCCCCGAUCACCAUUCUGGGUGAAUCCCUGCUGGACCUGCUCACCCGCGAGCUGAACGAUACCUCAGUGGUGCUGGGCACACGGAUCGCCCGUCUGGUGCUCUCACAGAUCACACUCAACGGGGAGAUUAUGCGCAAGCGGCACAAGGUGGAGAUCGAUCUUCUGCUCUUCCACGUCCGCCGCCAUUUGAUCAUGCAGCCCGCGCUAUCCGCCAAGGUGAAAGCCAUGUUGCUGAUGGUGCUGGACCUCUUUUACAGCCACUUUAAACACAUCGGUCAAGACCUGGAGGCCAUGUACACAGACUUUUUGGUGGUCGAAGAUGGCGAGGAGGAUGGGGUGAACAAUAACGGCGCUGGGCCCCAGCAUUCUGCUGAGGAUGGCCGCCCACAGCAGCAGCAGCAGCUCCAGCAUAAGCAGUCGGAGAACGGUAGCAGUGCCAACACUUCCGCCCAUGACCAGGAUUCCUUUGAUCCUCCGUCGUCGACGAAGAAGUGGAGCGAGCAGGUGUGCGAGGACUCGUUCUGCGACAUUGGCUACGGUGAGACGGAACAGGGUGACGAUAGGUACUCGGAGGCUGGAGGUCACCCAUACCCUGCCAACAACUCCCUCGCACUUGGCCAUCGACGUCGCGGAUUUCAGCCACGCCAAGUUCCGCGGCCUCUUAAGUCACAGCAGCCACAACAGCCACCCAGCAUAGAUACCAACUCCGACCAGUAUCCAUCCAUGGCCAGCAGCGAGGAUCGGGACGAGAGCAAGCCGCUCCCUAGCUGGCGGAAGACUCGCUUCAACCGCAACCACGACGGCGACCAGAGCAACGGACGGUCACGGGACCAACAGCGGCGGUAUAGCGUGAGCUGCGACGAUGACCACCACAGCGUGCGCAGUGAAGGAGGCGGCAAUCUGCGGCUCUACAGCAUCCACGACAGGAGGAAACACUCGCAGGAGCGGAUUGAGCGCAACAUGACUGGAGGAGGCAACUACAACAGCAUCGUGAACUCGAAUUGGGAUCAGAGAGAUCGUGACGAUCGCAGCGAACGCUCCUAUAUUAGUAACUACGAGCGCGGGAACAACUACAAACGUGGUGGUCGAUUUAACAACCGGAACACCUACGACAAGCCGCCGCGAUUCCAGAAGCAACAACAGCAGCAGCAGCAACAGAUGCAGCAGCACCAACAGGGCGGCUAUCAGAAAAUACACAGUGAUACCUGGCGGCGCUCUAACAAUGCCAUAAAUAGUGGCUACCAGGAUGAGAACUGUGCGUACAACUCUAACGGACCGGAGUCGAAUAGCCGCAGCUCAUCGAGGGCUCGCACUCUGCCAAGACCGCCAAAGUCUCAAAUGGAUAAGUCUGCUGGCUAUAGAUACAACCAGAGUCCCACGCAUGGAGGCGGCGGCGGUCCAAGGUUCCCGCGCUACAGUAGCCAGAGCAGUUUGGCCAGCGAGGCGUCCAGCUCGUUUGAUCGCCGCCAGCAGACUUCGCCGCAACACCAGCCCCAGCGGCAUCGCCACUUCACGCGCCGCUCCCAGCCGGACAUCCAUCAACCGCAGAACGAGGAGAACUGGCAGACUCAGGGUGGCCAGGGUCAGGUCCAGGAGCAGCCACCCUUGAUAAAGGAGGAGAGCGAGCUGGUGCGGAAUGCCCAGCAGACCACCAAGUACAUGAACUAUCUGUCGGCCCAGAAAUGAGACAGAGCAACACAUCUUCGUCAGGGCAGAAAAAUACAUUUGUAAACUAGUUAAUAUAGUUUAUAGAGAGUCAUCCCUCAGUUACUUCCACAAUGUUCUUCAAGUCUGUUAAACAAGUUUUUUUUCGUUGUUUCCUGAAUCGUUUUCCGUAAAUGUUUCCUAAUGAAGGGACUAUACAUAUAUACUCGUAGACUGUUUUUCGUCCUAAACUGAGCUCAAAUGUCAAACUAAAACAACCGAUUCAGCCCAAUUACAAAUCAAAUCGUUGUCCAACUCAAAACCAGGCUCAAUAAAUCAGCAAACAAACAAUACAAAACACACGCAUGCAUUACACAUCGGAUCCUAUCAAUUUGUAAAUACCAAUUAUAUAUAAUUGUCUUAUGUAGUCGCACACAAACAAAACAUAAACACUCCCACACAAAACACAGUCACACACUCAUUUUUAUAUUUAUACAUACAAAUUGUUUAGAAACUAAGUACAAAGUCAAUGAAACAACAAAAAAAAAUCCUAUUUCUAUUGAAAAGUAAAAGCCUGUUGAUUAAAUGUUACAAGCAUGUUGAACAUAUAUAUUUGUAUUUUAGCUAAAUAUAUACAUAUAUAUUAAAUGUCAUGUUACAGUGCAGAUUCAGCAGAUUUAUUAAACGAAUUAUACAAGCUAAACGUAUUUUUAAAGCAAAUUUUGUGAGGCCCUUUGUUGGAACAACAAAGCCAAGCCGGAGUGCAGUGAGAAAUAUGAAUUGUAGAGUUAUACGAGUAGUCUUAUAUAAAUACUUAAACCCCUUUGUUUAGGCAUAAUCAUUAUGUUCACAACAUGCGUAGGUUCCAAACACUAAUCAGAAUAUACAUAGCGUCUAACACAUUUUUAAUAAAAAAUUAUAACAUGAA